CUCCUGAAGCCAGACGACAUUUUCGGAGGCUAAACGGCUGGUCCGCCGUUUCUCUGCGCAAAAGCGAUCGUUUAUUGUGUCGCGAGAAAACUGUCGGUACAGGUUUACGUCAGUUUUCCUUCACUUUUUUCCUAACGUGAUUAACUAAGAAUAAUAUCGAUCGAACGAUAGUGAAGACAAGUGAAAUGUUUUAGUGGCAAAACUGAUUAACCGUACGGUUGGAUUUUGGAUAUCGUGCAAUGAAGUUUCGAGUGGACUACUUUCCAUUUACUAGAAUACAAUUAAUGUUGUAUUUUAAAUAAAUCUCGUUAAUGAGAUUCUCUGGUUUACUUUAGAAUCGAGUGUUUUCGAUAGAAAAUAUCGUUGUCGUACCGCUUUAGUGCCAUCGUCGGAAAAGUGCAUAAGCCAGAAGUAACAUUAUGCGAUCGAUAAUUCGCCGACGAUUUUGAAAUACGCUUCAAUGAUCCGAUCAGGUACUUGUGACUCUGUACAACGUUUCCUUAGUUGUCAGUGAAAUGUUUCAAAAGUGAUUUUUCAGUGUCUUCCAAGACUUAUGCACGACGAAAUAAUAGCAAGUACAAACUAUAUACUUGUUGGUAUGUGUACAAGCGAUGCUAGGAACAGUGUCGUCGUUUUGGACAAAUACAUUUUCGCGUCUUCCAUCCAUACACGGUUGCAACAACGUUACCAGUAACAUUGUAUUUCGCAUAAAAAAAGAUUUGCAAGCAACAUAUACUUGAAAGAAAAAUGUGCAUUUUAAUAUCGUCAGCGGCCAUUUUGAAUUUAUGAGUACCUCGAACUACGACGAUUAUCAACCUCAUUUUGUAACUCCAAAAUUGGACUUUCUUUGACGCCUUUCGAGACAAUUGUAAAUGCACCAAGAACUGAUUUGGCAUGUCAUUGAAAAAUAAUUAUUAUUUUUUAUUCAGCGAGUGAAAUUCUAAUAAGUGCCACAGAAAGCAUUCCAUUCAUUUUAUUGUAUAUUUUACGUUCUAACGUAUAUACAUCUGCUGUUAUAAUUAUAGCAUGAAUUAAGUAAUUUAAAUAUACUUUCAAUUCUAACCGAAAGUUUAUUUGUUAUCAGAGAAAGGCGGUAAUAUCGCAAAUUUUAUAUUUUUUAUGUUUUAUUACUUAUGGAAAGGAAACAAGUAAUUCCAAAUGAAUAUAUCAAUAUUAAAACAACGUGCAAGAAGAAUUUUUCAUUCUUUUGUAUUUCUUUCUUUGAUAAAUAUAUGAUUUAAACAUAAAAUAAAUAUUUAUCUAUCAGUUCGUACAGCAAACAUAGUACGUGUUUUGUUAGAACAUAUAUAACGUAUUCUACCAAGCGACAGCUGUAGUUGAAACUGAUAAGUAGAUUUGAAAUAACCUCAACGACGAUAAAACCGUUGAUAUUAAAAUACGAGAAGGAAGUUAUACUUUUAAUAUUUAACGUAAAUCCACAGAAAAUAUAUACGAGUUAAUUGAAAAUAUAUCAGAGCAAUAAAGGAAAAAUUGAAAGACAACAGUUCCCUAAUUGAUCGACGGUCACGACACUGGAUGGUGGACGGUGCCAUUUUUGUCAAUUUCCUAGCGCGCAUGGUACGCGCGUAAAGUCGAGCACAUUGGAAAAGUCAUCAAUUGAAUCUCACAAUCUGAACACAAAUAAUUAUUGUUGUUUGUGCGUGUAUUGUUUUUGAAUCCAAUUAAAAGUGUUGAAUUUGGAAUGGUUAAAUUAAUUAUUUAACCUAAUGUGACAUCGGCAUAGUGUAAAAUGCUUUCAUUUACAUGGACGUGAUAGUUUCAUAAACUAAAUACUGAAAUCAAGAAAAAAAUUUAACUAAUACGACAUGCGAGAAUCUCAAAUUGCCGUCUGUGAUCAAACGAAACGGGUCUUCAGACCUUAACAACACCAAAGAAAAAUGAUAAAACUAUGAGUGCAGUGGACACAACACUGUCAAUUUCGAUCAAAAUGGCCCCAGGGCCAGAACAUCGUCAAGAACCAGUAGCACCUGACAAAGCUGCUGAAAAUAAUAAUAGUGAGACCUCUAAUGAAAGAAAUAAUAUAGAGAAUUCAGUGGUAGGUGUUGAAACUGUUAGUAACCAGGGUACGAAUACAGAAUGUGUUUCGACGAACAUUGACACUAAUUCAGAUUCAACAACUCCAAGUGCACCGGCUUGUAUUACCUCUGACAGUAAACAGGAAGAACCAGCUACUUUGUCUGCAUUAAAUGAAGGUGAAUUACGUGCACUAUUGGAUGAAGCUAUAACUUAUAAAUGUCCCAAAGAUCGUGAAGGAAAAUCAAGCCUUUUUAAAGAACUACUUCAAGAAGCAGAAGCAGAUGAAACCGAAGAAGGUCGUAGGAUAAUAACCAAUUCACGUUGUUUACCUGGGACAAAUCGUAGGAGGCAUAAAAGAGACUCUGUAUCUGAAAGGUUAACACAUGGAGGGUCAUUGCAAAAUUUAGCACAACCUAUUGCUUCAGAGUUUGAUAGUAGUUUUGCUUAUUUGUCAUCUGGAUCUAGCCAUACCUACGGAGGAAAUAGAAGAAAGAAUAAAAAAUAUACAGGACCUAGUGUAUCUGCAAGACAAAGAGAAGGUGGUUCGUUACCUUCGAAUGUUAAUGCAUCACACAGUCUUGCUUCAUUGGCUAAUUUAGACUUAUUAUUUGACAAAAAGAAGGGUUUCUGUGAAGAAAGAGGAGCAUACGAUUGGACUAACAAAGAAAAAUCCAGAUCUUUAGAUAAACCAUCAUAUAGUAGUACAAAAAAGGAAGAAAAGGAAAAAGAUAAAAAGGAUACCAAAAGGGAUUUGUGCGAAAGUGAAGUUGAAGUGCGUGAGAAAAGAGGUAACAAAGGAAAAUACGGGACAAAUGAAAUGCUUGAAUCAGAUAAUCCACCACCAGAGUAUAAAUCAGAUUACAUGGUCAUUGAUUUAGGUGAUGCUGAGGUGGGUACUAUUAGUGAAAGAAAUGUGGGAUCUACUAUAAGUGGGGUUCAGAGACCUCACUCCUUAGAUACGGAAGAUGAUGAAGGAAUUGAAAUGAAAAUUAUUGAACCACGUAGACCUCAAUAUAUAUCGCGCACUCCUUUCGAUAUAGCUCAAACUCCUGUGGAUACUACAAUAGAUUUCUCUCUCCGUGAACAUAGUGGGAAGCAAGAUAAAUCAAAAAUAUCUGUUAAUGGUACAGAAGUAACUGGAGCCCUUUCUUUUCAAACUUUCAAUAGUGUGAAAUGUGGUAUUGGUGGAACUGCAAAUAGUUCUAGUGCUAGUCAGGGUAAAGUAAUUCCAAGUUUGUGCUCCAUGAUGUCUGCAUCCUUACAAACACAAAAUAUUACAAUGGAAGGCUCGAGGUAUACAGCGCAUACUACCGGAUCUGGAGAAAAGAAGUCCUUGGAUGAAAAUGGGAAUCCAGUACAAAACUAUAAUGGGGAACGGAAAAAGCCUAGAAGAAAGCACACUCAAGAACCUAAUGUUAUUGUAUACAGUGCUGAAAAUGUUGAAGGACAUCGCAAUGAAGAUAUCGACAGUUUAAUUAAUUUUAUUGAAAAUAAAGAAUCUAAAAGUAAAAAAGGAAAACCAAGUAAUCCGGUAAGAGUAAAAACUAGUUCAGGUGCAAAGCCAAGAAGUAGAGAGAAAGAUAAUAAAAGGGAACAGUUACCUGCCAAAUUACAGAAGUCUAAUUCCCUUGAAGAAAUAUCUAAGACUAAACUCGAAGACCUCACAACGGAGAAAAGCGUCAGUUCUAGUGGUGCCAGUAGUAUAUCAAGUCAACAUGGCACGAUCAAUGUUGCAUUACGCCGUGCGAAACAAAGAAGCACAGGGGACGCAGCUAUCGAUAGUCGUGGCGAUAGACGAUCUUGGGGAACGGAAGAAGGUCAGUCUAUAUAUUGCAAUGAUACCGGAGAUGAUUAUGCUAGUCGUCGAAACUCCAAUAAAAAAAUCAAUCCAGAGCCUGAACAUGAAACAGAAUUCCUGGUAGUUACGAAAAAGAAGAAAAGUAAAAAACAGAGAAGAAGUUCCAGUGGCAGUAGAGCACAGAAUUUAACAACGUCAGGAUCUUAUCUCCAAAAUUCCAGAGGAUUUUCUAAUGAAUAUAGAACACCACUUUCUCCUGAACUUCGAAGAAAAUCAGCAAGCAGUAUGCCACCAAGUGAUAAAUCAGACAGCAGCGAUUCUGAUUCUGUCCAUUCAUUACCAGUUACAUCAAAUACGUCCAAACAUAAUUUAUCAAAAAUAGCUACCUCAUCGGGCGGAACGCCGCAAGCAAGUUAUGCGGACAUAGCUCGUAUGGCAACUAUUAAUAUGACUCACAAUUCAGUGUUAAAUAUGUCUGCAAUAGUUCCAAACAUGUUAAGUACAUCUUCGUGGCCUAGUGUGCCACCCAAAACACCUUCAGAACCAGACAAGAUUCCUCAAGAUUAUUAUCCUAGUUUAGAUGAAUUACAACACUCGGAUAGGAAAACAAGGCAACAUAGCUUCACCCAUUCGAAUCAUCUUUUGAAUCUAAGUUUCGAAAAACCACCAUCACCGACUUUGACGAAAAUGAAAAAUUCAACGGAGAGAAACAAGGCAGAGGCUCAAGAAGAAGCUAUUAAUAAAAAUAUCCAGGUUAUUAAAUAUGUACAAGAUAUUGAAAAAAUGCGUCAAAAUUUAACACAACAAGAACCAAAAGCCGUGAACUGUAAUAAUCAUAUCACAACAUCAAACGAGACUUCAGUAACGAAUGCAGUGCCAUCAAAACUUAAUAAUACUGUAACCAAUUGUAAUCCCGAUUCUGAUAACAACAAUCCUAACUGCAACAGUGUCAAUAAUAAAGACACUGUUGUAAAUGCGAGGUGUAAUAAUCCACGAACACGCAGAGGAGGAGGAAGUUACGUUCAAAAUAAUCAAAAUAUACAAAAUCAAGUAUCACAUGAAGAUCAACAUUUCAAGAAAGUUGGAUAUACUUUUCAUGAUGAAAAUGCAAAAAAAUCACAAAAUACUGAAAAUUCUAAUACGCACUGUGAAAAUAAAAAUAAUCCAGCGAUUGUUUCAAAUGAUGAAGUUGAAUCGCAAAAAGCUAAUACUACAAAUAAUCCGAAAGGAAUGCAAGAACUGCAAAAUAUUGAAUCAGAAGCAAUCAAGUUGACAAAAACCGAAAAAUCAACAAAGAUCUUAAAAGAACAGAAGCAUGAAACGGUUAAAUCGGGAAAUGUAUACUCUGUAAGUUCAAAACAAGAACAACAAGAAGAUUCCGAAUGUAAGAAAACGAAACAACAAAGUUCCACUUCGGAUAAAGAUCAAACACAGAAAGCAGAAUUACAAACAUCCAAUAAACAAAAAACUUCAAGACCUGCAGUUAUAUUACUAGAUGAAACUGCAGCAGAUAUUACCAAGAACAGCGAGUUACCUACGGAACUUAGAUUUGGAUUUGAAAUUAACGAACAACUUUUAUUGUCGGAAGAUUCGACAACCGAAGAGACUUCAAGCGUUAGUUCUGUAUUUCCUUCUGCUCCACCACUCAUAAACAAACCACCUUCUAAUUUCGAUAGAUAUCCUCCAAUAUUUGACAAACACAUGAGAUGUGAUAAAUUUACGCCUAAUUUCAUGCAACCUCCAAAUACGCAUGUAACUCAACAACCUCUGCAUCCAGUGAUGGUACAGCGAUUACCGUGCAUGGGUUAUCCUCCAAGAUUCCCUCCUCCUACGUGUUUGCCACCACCACCCACACCUCCACCAGGAAUAAUGGAAAAGUAUCACCAUCAACCAAAAGAAGAUUUUUCUAUGCUCUAUGUAGCUCCUGAAGAAGAUGUUAAUAUACAAACGUACAAUCAUGAUAAAAUCGUCUCGUUCGUUGGCUUAGCAUGGGACGCUGUUAUGAGGGAAAUGCCAGUAACUGCAAGCGGUCGUAUACAGUUCUACAGUGGUCAGUGAAAUGGGCACUAAGAAAUAUGGGGUAAAUAACAACAAUAAUGUUUUUGUACUGCAAAAUUACCUCUAUUGCAAGUUAUCCGUUAUAAAACUGUAAACAGCCAGAGGAGUCUGCGAACUAUGCAAGACCAAAUAUAUAUCUAAAUACAAGCAAAUUGAUCGAACCUGUAUCAAACAAGUCGCAGAAACUAUCAGUUUCGAUCGCCAAUAAACGUUAUACUAAUUUUUGAGUCAAAUCAUCAGUGAUAAUUCUGUAAAGCCAACUGGCGCAAGGUGUGCCUCUAAAACUAAUGUACAUAAUAAUUAAUCACUGGAAAAAAACAAGACUUAUAAAUUGUGUAUGUUCUGAUUGUACAUACAUUAAUGAGUUGCAAAAUACCUUUGAAGAGGUUAUAACACAAUAUUUAAGUUUCAGUAUUGACAUCUGAUACAAUAUUUGACUGAAAAUUAUAAGUUCGUGAUGCAUAAAACAUAUUUCACUCUUUCAAAACAUAAACAAUUUUCUUGUAAAAUGUGAAAAUUCAUGUAGUCUUAAAAUGCCUCAUAAUUUUUGAGGGGAAAAAACGACAAAAAGUAAAAUGCCUUUCGGAUCAACUACGAAAGUGUUACAACUUUGAAACAAAAAUAUAAAAACUAUUUAAGGAGUUUAAAAAUUAACUGAAACAAGAUUAUGAUGAAGCAAGUUUAUUCAAAAACUGUAUGUGCUGUGACAUGGUGGUUUAUGCUGAUGCCUUUAAGAAAUAAAAAAUACAUCGUAGACCAUUGUAAUAAAGUUUAAAAAUAGUUGAAAGCAGCCUGUUAUGUUAAUUAUACCAAAUUAAGAUCAUCCGUCGGAAAUAUUGCUAAACUACUAAUAAUUAUUUGAUGUAAUUACGAGCAGAGAUGAUCUUGAAACAACACCUUGAAAACAAGAAUUACUGCAACCACCAGUGAGUCUUCAAAGAAAACGUUUUCAAGGAAGGUUAAACGUAAAAAUAAUGGUUGCUAGAUUACAUGUACUUUAUUUAAGACGAACCUUUAAAGAAAAGUAAAGAAAGCUAUAAAGAUGUGUGAAGUGUAAUGAAAAAUGGUGAAUGUGUGUUUUUGAACACGUGUAAAAUAUUUAAAAAAAAGUAGUGUGAUUGACUUACAAGUUUAUGGAGUGGUUACUUUUACAGCCGCAAUAGAUAAUAGUUUAAGAAAUUUGAAAGAAGGAAAAGAGAGAGAGAGAGAACAAUGAAAACUGAUUUUUUUUGCAAUGCUGUGCUCAAGGUCCUGAAUUGGAUAGAGACAGUGAGAAGAGUGCGAAUGUGUCGAAAUGAAAAAAAAACAAAACAAAAAACGCUAAAUUUUUACACAAACUUGCUUAUUUAAUGAAUAAUUAACUAUUAAUUAUUGGUAAUAAUAAUUAUAAUAAACUACUUGCUUGUGAUCAUAAAGUAUGACGGUGUGAAUGCGUAUAGUGCAUGUAAAUAUUCUACUAGCUAAUGUCCAAUUUAGUUUUGAAUACUUGUAUUUUGAAUUCUUUUAAAAUUUUUCAUCGUAUUAUGUUAUCCUCUGAAUAUGGUAAAAAAGAAAGUAAUUAAUACACUUUGUGGUUGUUAUCGAUCUACAGUAAGAAAAAAAGCUUAUAUGAGUAGUUAAUCAAAAAAAAAAAAAAAAAAAAAGAGAUAAACGGGAAAAAUGGACUUAAUACGAUUCCUUUCACAACGAUUCUAUUCGUUAUGUAGGAAGCCUACCUCCAACAUAUUUUACUUUUUGAUAGAUAAUCAAUAUAACGAAACAUAAUUUUCAAUUCGAAUGCAAGUGUCGCGUAUUUAGAGCCAAAAAUAUAACCAAUUAAUAAAUUGUGUGGAAACUUAUCAUUUUCGAAGAUAAAGAUAAAGCUAAUCAUUUAUUGCAGAUAAGUUUCAUAUAAAAGAAUGGAAGCGUGUUUGUCUGUAUAGAUUAUUAUUAUUAUUAUUAAUUAUUAUUAUUAUUAACAUUAUCAUUAAUCAGAAAUUAAUCGUAAUUAACAAAUUAAAAUUGGCGAUUUUUUGUUGUUGUCUUUUUUUUUACCCUCAAAAUUAUGCAUGGAAACAGAAAAUAUAAGCUCUGUUAAAAUUUUUCAUUUUGUUCCGCAAUAUAACAGUACAGUACAGCUGGGGGUACAGUUUUCAAGAAUGAGUAAUAAGUUAAAAGUAUUUAACAUAUAUAAAAACCACUAAUGCAUGUUGGAAUAUACUUCAAAGAAAACAUCAUUCAAUGGGUGUUAUCAUUGAUAUGCUUGAUAUACUUUCUUUUUUGAUAGUAUAAUAUACCAAUACUAAAGCAUACGAUAAAGCAUUAUGAUUUAGUUUCACAAUGAAUUUUAGUCGAAUCAUUUUAUCGUCAUCAUCAAUCAUUUUACAAUAUAAAAAUCAAUAUAUCUCAUUUUUUUUCUCUCAUAAAUGCAGAAAAAUUUCUAGUGCAACGGAUCAGUCGCUCCUGAAUGCCUAGAUAAAUCAUUAUAUUCAACUGUACUAUGACCAAUUCAUUUUUAAUCGAAAGACCUAUUACAUUACAUCACAUUAUGAUUAGGUGGUAAUAGUUUUAUCCUUACUUUAAGUGGAUGAUGUUUCUUCGGGGUAUUUCUAUCCGGCGUGCAAGAAACUACUCAAAAGUCAGGUGCUUCAUCGCCUUAAAGUUAGUAGAGUGCAGUAUCAGCCUGUGCCAUUGACCGGUUCAAAUGGCCAAGACUGUUAAGCUUCACAGAGAUUAGCACAGAAGUACUUGAAGAGAAAUAGGACCAUAAAUUGUGUAUGCGUUGCAGAAUGGCAGCUAUGCCGCGAAACGAUAUUAUGUACCGAAUACACGGUUUAACUAAUUGUGUUAUAACGAAUGACAAAAAAGAAAAAGAUAGACGAAGAUGUAUAAAUAUCAACGUGCAAGGUGAUAAUGUAUCAUAUUAUAUUCUUUGUUGAAUUUAUAAGUACCAAAUUAAUAGUGAUCGACGAAACAGGUAAAGUGUAUGAUUCUUCUGUUUUCACUUAUUUAAGCGUUUUAAACAUUAAUGAAAAGGAAAAAAGCUUGCUUAUUUCGUUCAAUAACAGGCUAAUUGCAUUUAUCCAUGAACUAAUAGCCUGUGCUGUAACGCAGAUAUGUACGUGUUUCGUCUGCGAAAAGGGCACAAAAUCCUAAUUGGACGUAAUGAAGUUCCAAAAUCAAGCGCAUUACUCUUGCACAUCUCGUUCUCAGCCUAUAUUAUAUCAGUGAUAUAGAUUCGGUUGAAACUGUUGAAACGUCGCUAAGAUGUAAAAUUAAUUUAACGAAUGGAAAAAAAGAAAAAAAAAUAACAAAAAAAAACACAGAAAUAGUUGAUGUUAUUUCCCGUCUUGAAUUGUUAUGUUCGUAUAAACGCAUGUGUACCAAUUUAUUCUUGUGAAACUGUGCAUGUGAAAGGGAUUUUCCAAUGAUUUUAUUUGUAAGUUUGGUUGCUUCGCCAAGUUUCGACAGUACCGUCUAUGUAAUUCCGCUAGAACUGUUCUCAUAGGCCGAAACAAUUGUGUGUAUCCAGAAGUAACGUGAUUACAUUACGAUCACGACGAAUAAUCGAAACAUUUUUGGAGAUAUUAUAAUUUCAAGGUAAUCGAUUUCCUUCGACACGAAUGUUGAACUUUCAAAUGCGCUUCCGGUUACAGAAAGUUUCCAGAAAUGUUUAUGUAUUCGUGGGUUACAUCUGCUCGAGAUGAAACUUCAUUAUCAGCGCGGGCAUGUUGAUAGUGUUCAAACAAGUAAAAAGAAGAAGCAGAUAAAAGUUAAUAAUUGAUCGAGAGUAAGAGAGAGAGAGAGAGAGAGAGAAAGAGACAGCGUGAAAGAGAAA